CGCGGGUCGGCCGUCCGUCGGCGCCGCCGCAGAGCAUCCUCCUGCCGCGCACCUGCCUCCUCCUCCUCCGCUGCCCGCUGGGCUCCGCUCGUGCCUCAGCCCCGGGACCCCGACCCAGCCAGCCCGGCCCGGCCCUCUGGCCCGCAGCCACCCGGGCGAAGCCGCCGGGGAGGGCGCCCAGCCGGGCCGGGCCGGCGCGGCGAUGAUGCACAGGUUCCGAAAGUGGCUGUACAAACCUAAGAGGUCAGACCCACAGCUGCUUGCCCAGUUCUACUACGCCGACGAGGAGCUGAACCAGGUGGCGGCUGAGCUGGACAGCCUGGACGGCCGGAAGGACCCGCAGCGGUGCACACUGCUCGUCAGUCAGUUCCGCUCCUGUCAGUGCCUGGCCGCUGGCUCCAUCAUCAUGAACCGGGAGCUGGAGAGCAUGGCCAUGCGGCCGCUGGCCAAAGAGCUGACCCGCAGCCUAGAGGACGUGCGGAGCACCCUGCGCGACCAGGCGCUGCGUGACCUCAGCGCCUACACCGAGAAGAUGCGGGAGGCGCUGCGCCACUUUGACGUCCUGUUCGCCGAGUUCGAGCUCAGCUAUGUCUCCGCCAUGGUGCCUGUGAAGUCCCCUCGGGAGUACUACGUGCAGCAGGAGGUCGCUGUCCUCUUCUGCGAGACGGUGGAGAGAGCCCUGGACUGCGGGUACCUCACUCAGGACAUGAUAGACGACUAUGAGCCAGCGCUCAUGUUCACCAUCCCCAGGCUGGCCAUUGUGUGUGGCCUUGUGGUGUAUGCGGAGGGACCUCUGAACCUGGACCGCAAAGCGGAAGAUAUGUCCGAGCUGUUCCGGCCCUUCCACACAUUGCUGCGGAAAAUAAGGGACUUGUUGCAGACCCUGUCGGAUGAGGAGCUGCACACGCUGGAGCGGAACCUCUGCAUCUCCCAGGAUGUGGAGUACCCCACCCGGGCCGAUGCCCAGGCACCCCCUGAUGCCCUGCCGUCCACCUUCCCCCCACCCCUGCCACCCGCCGAGCCCCUCUCCUCCAAGACCAAGGCUCCGGACGCACCGGACACGGAACUGGCCUGCUCCAUGCAGUACGAUGACCAGGAGCUGGAGCAGCUCAACCGCCUGGUCCACCGGGCAGGGGAUGAGAUGUCGUCCCUCCUCUCCCCACCCAGCGCCUGCCAAUCCCCAGCUCACCGGCUGGCCGCCCAGGGCAGCCCCCGUGGCCAGGCCUCUCCUGCCAGGGCGGGGCAGCAGCCCAGAAGCGACGAGGAGGUCAGGGUGUUCUUCAUGGACGAUGUGGAGGGGGCGGGAGAGGGGGCCGGCAGGCCAGAGGCCCCGGGCGGUCCCCCAGGGUGGGCGCCCAGCCCCUGUGCCCAACCCCGGGCCGGAGAGUGCACCGAGACGGGACUCAACCAGCCUUGCUCGGAGAAGGAGGAAGAUGCACGCAACAACAACGUUGAGGACACCAAGGCGCGGGCAGCCGGCCUCUCGGGGCCCAACUCCUGCAGCUGCCUGGACGCAGCCCAGCUGGCACUGGAGAGCUGGGAGGCCGGCACCGAGGACGCCGAGACGGCCGAGCUGAUCGCCCACCGGACGGGGGGCAUGAAGCUCUCUGCCACGGUCAUCUUCAACCCCAAGUCGCCGACGUCCUCCGCCACCCUGGAAGCCACCCCGGGGGACCGGGCAGUGGAGAGGGUGGACGCCGACCGUGUGCUCAGCCCAGCCGCCACCCACUGCCUCAUCAACUCGUGUGUGUGCUGCCGGGGCUGUGGGGACGGCGGGGAAGAGGCUGUGGAACGUGUGCAGAAAUGCAGCCCCGGAAGCUCAGUCAAGACUUGUCAUGCCGGCGGCAAGGUCCCCGGGGAGAGCCUGGAGCCACAACUGCCGGCUCCAGAGGCAUUGCCCCAAGGUGCCACAGCCCCUCUGUCCUCAGAAGAUGCCCCCAACAGGCAGGAGCUCACGGCCCCUUCAUCCUCACAGGGCCUGGAGCUGGCCAGGUCCCAGGUGGACCCAGGAGGUGGGUCGCCAGGUGAAGGUGAUGGUGACGGAGGUCAGCAGCAGGGUGAGGCCCAGACCAAGGACACUGGGAAGGAGGCCCGGGAGGACAGGCAUCAAGAGCUAGGCACCCAGGAGGAAGCCCGGAGUCCACCCAGCGCCAGUGACCCCACGGCGGCCUCCUGCUCUGUAGACAAGGCCAGACCUGAGGCCGUCCCCAAGACCCCCCACACUGCCCCUGCUGUCACGAGAGAAAAGAUCCGCUCACGGUUCCACAGCAGCCAUGACCUGAUCCACCGCCUCUUCGUCUGCAUAUCAGGCGUGGCCGACCAGCUGCAGACGAACUACGCCAGUGACCUCAGAAGCAUCCUCAAAACGCUGUUUGAGGUCAUGGCUACCAAGCCCGAGACGGACGACAAAGAAAAGCUGAAGAAGGUCACCCAGACACUUCGGCGGGCGGCCCUAGAGGACUGUGCCCUGUGCCAGGAGACCCUGUCAUCCUCCGACCUCACAGCCAAAGCCCGCGAUGGUGACUUCGAAGACCCCCCCGAGUGGGUGCCGGACGAGGCCUGCGGCUUGUGCACCACCUGCAAAGCGCCCUUCACCGUCAUCCGCCGGAAACACCACUGCCGGAGCUGCGGGAAGAUCUUCUGCUCCCGCUGCUCCUCGCACUCAGCCCCGCUGCCGCGCUACGGACAGAUGAAGCCGGUCCGCGUGUGCACGCACUGCUACAUGUUCCACGUGACUCCCUUCUACAGCGACAAGGCAGCCAUCUGACCCGUGCCCGCCCCGCCUCAGGCAGCAGGGACUCUCGUUUCGGGGAAGGGGGGAGGCCCUGCCCUGCCCUGCCCUGGCACCCACCUCCUCCUGCCCCAGCUGCACCUCCUGGAUGCCCAUCACAUCUCAUCCACCGCUGCCGCUGCUACUGCUGCUGGGGCCACAGGGCUGCCCUCCCACCCACCCUGGGUGCCUGGUGGCUGCCCCUAGAGAGCUGGGUGUGGGGCCGCUGCACCCUGUCCCUGCUGCCUUGGGGUCCAGCCACUGUGACCCAUGCACUGCUGGUGCCCUCACAUGAGUUACAGGCAGCCCCGGGACCCCAAUCUGGGAACAGGUGGGGGAGGGACACGCAGGGGCAGGUCCCGGCAGGGCUUCCCCCAGAGCUCUGGGAGGGACCGGCCCUCCUCAUCCACACCUCAUC